CUUUUGCUUCUUUCUUSACUAGGGGAACGAGAAUCCUAUGAAGCUACCUCUUGGGUGCAGUAAGGAAACCAAUAAUACAGGAYGAAGGAGCAAUCUUUUCAAGGUGGUGAUCUUGUUCAAMUCUUGACGUCACUUACAYAMAAGAAAGGAKCCAAGAAGAGCCAACUAUCUGUAUUGCAAUUUGGCACCCAUGCCACUGCUGACAUGAAGGGGAAAGCAUUGAAAUGCCUUGAGUGCGGAAAGAGUUUCACUGAGAAGCAUCAGCUCCAGAAGCAUGAAAGGACUCACACUGGYGAGAAACCCUAUAAAUGCCUGGAGUGCGGAAAGAGUUUCACUCAGAAGCAUCAGCUCCAAAAGCAUGAAAGGACUCACAUUGGGGAGAAACCCUAUAAAUGCCUUGAGUGUGGAAAGAGUUUCAUUGAGAAGCAUCAGCUCCAGAAGCAUGAAAGGACUCACACUGGGGAGAAACCCUACAAAUGCCUGGAGUGCGGAAAGAGUUUCACUCAGAAGCAUCUACUGCGCGAACAUGAAGGUACUCACACUGGGGAGAAGCCCUAUGAAUGCCUAGAAUGUGGAAAGAGUUUCACUUUUUCUUCAACUCUACAUUCUCAUAAAAAAACUCACACUGGGGAGAAGCCCUAUGAAUGCUUGAAGUGUGGAAAGAGGUUCUCUCGAAAGGAACAUCAGCAGCGACAUGAAAUGACUCACACUGGGGAGAAGCUCUAUGAAUGCCAGGAGUGUGGAAAGGGUUUUCCUCGAAGAGAAUCUCUGAAGAGACAUGAAAUGAUUCACACCGGGAAGAAACCCUAUAAAUGCCUGGAGUGUGGACAGUGCUUCACUCAGAGUUCAAAUCUAUGUGCACAUCAAAGGAUUCACACUGGGGAGAAACCAUAUACAUGCCUAGAAUGUGGAGAGAGAUUCACUCAGAGUGCAAAUCUAUGUGCACAUCAAAGCACACACACUGGGGAGAAACCCUAUAAUUGCCUGGAGUGCGGAAAGAGCUUCUCUCAUAGUUCAGGUCUACGUUUACAUCAAAGGAUUCACACUGGGGAGAAACCCUAUAAGUGCCUGGAGUGUGGACAGAGCUUCUCUCAUAGUUCAGGUCUACGUUCACAUCAAAGGAUUCACACUGGGGAGAAACCCUAUAAAUGCCUGGAGUGUGGACAGAGCUUCUCUCAUAGUUCAGGUCUACGUUCACAUCAAAGCAUACACACUGGGGAGAAACCCUAUAAGUGCCUGGAGUGUGGACAGAGCUUCUCUCAUAUUUCAGGUCUACGUUCACAUCAAAGUACACACACUGGGGAGAAACCCUAUAAAUGCCUGGAGUGCGGAAAGAGCUUCUCUCAUAGUUCAGGUCUACAUUCACAUCAAUGGAUUCACACUGGGGAGAAACCCUAUAAAUGUGUGGAGUGUGGACAGAGCUUCUCUCGUAGUUCAGGUCUACGUUCGCAUCAAAGGAUUCACACUGGGGAGAAACCCUAUAAAUGCCUGGAGUGUGGACAGAACUUCACUGAA